AGGCGCAGAGGCGCGCACAUCUUCGGUAGUCAAUUGGGACUCCUUUGAUAGACCAUUACAUCACAAAUGAGUGCGGCAACUACGUCCGAUGCCGCGGCUGCUGACCAUGGCAACAAAACGGAGGAAGCGCCAGCGGAGUCGUCUUCGUUGGAGGCGAAUCGUCUUCGAGAAGAGCUUCAGCACUGCCAGGAGAAGUUCGCCUCGUGGAAGGAAAAGGCGAAGAUCGGGGUAGACAACCUGCGCAUGCAGAUUAUUGGGCUCAAUCAACGCCUUGAACGAUCGGAACAAAAGAGAGUUGAGGAGCUGCGCACGGUUGAUCUUCUUCAAUCUUCGAUGUCAGCACAGGCAGACCUCGCAAGCGCUCACUCCUUCGCCGCAGCGUGUCUUUUUGUGAACUCGCUGAGCGCGCGAAACGGGGCAACAGAAGGCGCAGCAAAGGCUACAGCUUCGUCUUCACCUUCCCCUACACCUGCAGCCGCCGUUACUCCCCCCUCUCCGCCAUCGCCACCGAAUGCGCUCAUCACGAAACUGCAACGCACCAUUCAAGAACAAUCGGACCGACUGAAGGAGACGCAUCACGCAUUGAAAAGGUCCACCAACGAGGUGCAGCAACGCAUCGAGGCACUGAAGCGUCAGGACGGCAUCGUGGCCGUUCUGAAGCGGCGCCUUGAGGCCUCGGAGGCGGCAAACGUCUCCUUAGAAGAGCAACUGAUGAAUGUGCCGAACGUGGAGGAGUGGAGGGCGGCGCAGGACGAGUUGGACCAUCAGCUGGAGCGCUCUCGGCUGGAGUACGAAACCCGCGAAAGCAACCUAGUGCUGCACCACAGCAAUGAAAUUCAAGCGCUGAACAUGGCGCACGAGCAAGAGAUACGCGAGCUGCAACGCGACGCACAGGAAAAGGUCUCGCAGGCGGUGCAGAACGCGCUGGCGAGCCAGGCGCAGGCGGCGGCGUCUGCAUCGACGCAGCUGGCGCAGUCGCACCAGCAGCGGCAACGCGAAGCUGAAGACGCAGCGUACAUGGAUCUCCUGUCGGACUACAAGGCGCUGGAGGCUACUUCUGGUGCCGCGGUGAGAGAGCGGGACGCUGUACUAAAACAGCAAAAGACUCUUAUCCGCGAGCUGCACGACUUUUUCCGCGCAGUUGGGAUGGGCGGCAUCGCGAGUGCCUCACAGGUGCAGUCGCCGCAGUCAGGAAAUGUCGCUGUCGCGCGUGAAAUGACCGUGGAGGACACCAUUCGUCAGAUUGGCGAGCAGCGGGCGCGUGUUAUUGCCCUGCAAGAGGAGCUCAGUCGGUGCCGUCGUGAAGUGGUGCAGCUGAAGCGGUCGAAGCCAUCGCAGCCCCCCGACGGCUUGGGCGCUCAACAGACGCAGUACGUACGCUCCGUUGUGGUGCAGCUCCUCUGCUCUCUCAACGACGCGAGUAUCGCGAAGCGAUUGCUCCCUGUGCUGAGCAUGCUGCUGAAGUUUAGCAACGACGACAUGACGGCGGUGACGAAGGCGAUGCCGCAGUGGACGCAACACAGGUGA